AUGCCAGUUCAACGAAGUAUAUUAGGCAAGCCACUGCCGCCGAUGCCCCCCAAACGAAUUGCUGUUCUCCUCAGUACAAUCGCUGUAUUCGCCAUCUUCACACUCGUUUUCACACUGCCGAACUCAAUACCAGCGGGGCCAUCGCUAGGUAGAUUUACAGACCACAAAAUACCUAUACCCAAGCUUCCGAAGACACUUUCACCCAGCAUUCUAAAUCCUUUUCGACAAGCAGCACACGCACCACCAGUUCAGAAGAAUAGCACAAGUGGGGAGGCAUCCUGGUACAGCAAUUGGAACUGGAUGAGUCCGUUUUCCUCAUCAGUAACGCUGGACGAGAAUCGAUCGCUGCUACCUCCUCUCAUCGAUCGACCACCGAUUUACGCAUAUUACGACUACACACUGCAAAAGGGGAAAAGCCAUAAGGAAGCUGAGAAUGCCGUUCUGGUUACAUGGAGGAGGGCGUGGUGGGCACAGGGAUUCAAGCCAAUAAUUCUCAGCCCCGCGGAAGCAAUGAACAACCCACUUUAUGCAGAGCUUCAAGUGCUGGAAGUCGAACCACUCCUCAAGACUGAAAUAUCUCGAUGGUUGGCAUGGGAGAAUAUGGGGACUGGAAUGCUGUGCCAUUAUCUACUGCUUCCAAUGGGAUCUCACGAGGAUCCCCUUCUAGCCUUCUUACGGCGUGGGGAAUAUCCUCGAUUGACGAGAUUCGACAGGCUUGGGAGUGGGUUGUUUGCUGGUUCGAAAGCUGAUAUCACGGCUGCUGUAAAGGAAGCUCUGUCGAAUAAAGCUUUGAACGAGUCCACCGACUUUAUCACGGCAGUCUCACCGGAGACUUUCGAGAUUGAACCAAAGAACGGAGUUCUGGCAUACUACGACACCAGGACAGUGAAAGAGAAAUACUCAAAAGUGGCAGAUGAAAUCGAGGCCGAUGGGCCACGAGGAUUGAUGGUUCUGAACAAGCUCACAGUAUCCCAUCUCCACACAACCUGGCAAAACACCUUCUCCAAAGGCAUCGCAGUCAUCAAACCGCAACCAGAACACAUGACAACAGCCAUCCUCCCCGCCCGCAAGCUCGCUGAAUUCCUCAUCCAAUGUCCCUCAUCGCCCCUCCCCUCCUCCUGCCCGCCAAAUAACCCAAAAUGCAACCCCUGCAUCUCCUCCCACCCCCUACAAAUCACAUACCCCUCGGUCUACCGCAACACCUCAGACCUCUACACCAUCGGCACCGUCCCGCACCCCUUCACCACAGCUCUCAUGUCCUCCUCCCUAAACUCCGAAUCCGAGCUCACCAUCCCCUGGAUCCGGCGUAAAUCGAAGCGCGACCCGUGGCUGACAACCAUCACGGCCGAACUCCUCGGGACAGGCGUCUCUGGCGCGCCACGAGUCGUGAAGUUCAAAGACGUAGUCGCAAGCCAAUACGGCACCUCUCACUCUUUGUGGACAACGGCAGAAAGAGACAUGCCCGAGGAUCUAGACUGGUAUUUCGGCUUCACGAUCCCACGCAACGCUACAGAUAAAGGCGAAUCCGAGACGCCUGUCCCAGGGCCCGAGCGCAAACCCCAAGUCUCUUCCGGUCCCCGUAACUCCCCAGAAUCAGCACCUACAGAUGAAGAAGUGGCGAUGACGAAGGAGAAGAGCCUGCUGAAAAGCGCAGUUGAGUUUGGGAAAGCUAGGAAGCCGGAUGAAGAGAAGGUCCGCAAGGCGAUCGAGGCGUGGAACCUGGCGGAUACGGAGGCGUGGCGGUUCGCGAGGGCAUUUUUGGAGAGGAACAGGGUUGAGCGGUUGAAGUGGGAGGAAGAGGAGAGGAAAUAUGCUGGGGGGAAGGCGGGCGCGGAGAGGGGGAAGAACGAGGGGUGGGGACGCUGGUUUGAUGAUCGUUAG